AUGGAGGAAUUUAUACUAGUCACAUGGUUCAAAGGAGGUGACUUUUGCCCUAUCUCUGGUCCAUCUGCUGCUUCACUGCCUAGUAGCUUUAACUACUUGAGAAAAAAUUUUCCCAUGCAUGAUUUCAGAGUCGAAGCUCAUGGUUCAAUCAUUGAUGUCAGCUUGGCUGCUUACUUCAUUAUGCCUGCAAGUGAGAUAGAUGGUGAAGGAAUCAGAGCUGAUCUCGAGGUCGAGGUCGAGACAGGAAUGAUUGAUGGUGAAAUGGAUGCCAUUUCUUCUUGCAGCCUGUUCUCAAAGUUCUUGUUUGCAAAUGCUAGAUAUGGAGUAUUUUGA